AUAUAUGUAUGAAUGGCCUUGGAGCCUCUAAACCAACAAACCCAUCUCACCACCGGUGGUGCUGUUCCUGAUCACCCCCUUAAUCUCUCUCUCUCUCUCUCUCUCUCUCUCUCUCUCUCUUGUUCUUCCCGAGGGGUUUCCAAUUUCAAGUUGACCUAUCUCAUCAAAGAGGUACCGGAAGGAUUGAUUUGGAAAAGAUGAGCCGAAGAAACGGUAGAGGAGGUGGUGGUGGUGGCGGCGGUCGGAAGCUUGACUUGAAGCUUAAUUUGUCACCACCAAUAGCUCACCGGCGGAUGGAAGAAUCACCUAGCCGAUCAGCCACUAUGUCUCCUACAAGCUCUUGUGUGUCAUCCGAGAACAUCCAAGAUGAGUCGUCGGAGCUCCGGUACGCUAGUAGCCCAGAGGCGACAUCGAUGAUGCUGGUUGGAUGCCCACGGUGCCUGAUGUACGUUAUGCUUGCUGAGGAGUACCCUAAGUGCCCUAAAUGCAAAAGCACCGUUUUGCUUGAUGUCGUCCAUGACAUCUCCACCAAGAAAACAAGAAAGACUUGAAUGAAGAGGCUGAAAAUGGUUUUUAUUUAUUUAUUUAUAAUUUAGCACUUAGUAUUACUAGGAUUUUUAUUUUUAUUUUUAUUUUUAUUUUUUCUCUUUUACU